GACACACUAGCCAGCAAUUUGUGCUCUGCGCAAAGUCGGCACGCGCGCCCCGCGCCCCGACGCCGUCGUCUUGGCGCUUGCCGAGUAGCGUUACCGAGCCUGCCCGGCGCUCCCUCCGACCAACGCAUCGAUUGGAGGCUGCCCACACUUUGUCCCACCGGCACGCCACCGCCGCGCCGCGGGCAGCGCGUCGCCUCGUAGAGCUACCAAGCGUCACAGCGGGCUGCCCCGCCACCACCGAGAUGGCCAUCGUCGAGUACGACACGGGCUCGAAGGGCUUUGAUGGGUUCCUCACCUUCGUGUCCAUCCUCAUCUUGGUCCUGUUAUCAGGCCUGUUCAGUGGCCUCACAUUGGGACUGCUCGGCUUGGACCUCAGUGAGCUCGAAAUUGUGAAGGGGGGAGGGUCGGCGACGGAGCGGCGGCGCGCGGCGAAGGUCAUGGGCAUCCGCAAGGACGGCAAUAGGUUGUUGUGUACGUUAUUGCUGGGCAAUGUGGCGGUCAACGCUCUCUUGUCCAUUUUUCUGUCUGGUGUCACCUCUGGUUUAAUAGGGUUCUGCGUGUCGACGGCGCUCAUCGUGGUUUUUGGCGAAAUCCUCCCGCAAGCGAUCUGCUCGCGCCAUGCGCUGAAGAUCGGGGAACUGGCGCUACCGAUCGUGAACGUGAUCAUGGUCGUGCUGGCGCCGGUCUCCGUGCCCCUGAAGACGGUGCUCGACAAGUUGUUAGGUGAUAGCGUCGGUACCAUACAUACGAAGACGGAGAUGAUCCAGUACGUGAAGCUGCAGCACGAGCGCGGUCCGCGACGCGGCGUCGUGCAUCGGUCGACGCUUCACGAGACCUCUCGUUCCGCGCGCAGGCGACCUCAACGAAGAUGAGAGGACCAUCAUGCAAGGGGCCAUGGAUAUGAAGGUGAAGACGGCGCGGGAGGUCAUGACGCCGCUCGAGGACGCGUAUAUGCUGGAGGAGUCGUGCAAAUUAUCGUUCGCCGUCGUCCGGGACAUCUUCGACCACGGGUUUUCCCGAGUGCCGGUCUACGCAAGGGAACGACAACAUGUCGUCGGGUUAUUAUUUGUAAAAGAUUUGAUCUUCGUGGACCCGGAGGACGAGGUACCUCUGGCAGAGUACCUGCGGGUCUUCGAGCGGUCGAUUGAGCUCGUCGACGCCGAGUCCAAUUUGGAUGACGUCCUGCGCAUCUUCAAGCGCGGCCGCGGCCACCUCGCGCUCGUGCUGGGGCAGCCGCGGAAAUCAUCGAUGGUCGAGGCCGACUGCCUGUCGCCCCUGCACGGCAGCGACAAGUCGUUCAUCGUCGGGCUCGUUACGUUGGAAGCUGUGUGGAAAUCAACCAGUGCGUCGGGUGCACAAGUCAUUUCUCGGCGAUGACGCGGCCGUGCUGGCUCCGUCAAGCAAUGAGGAACCGGCAUCGCCACGCCAUCGAGCAGGCGUCGCGUCGAUGGCGUGGAGGACGACGCGAUGAUUCAGCACGAACGCGCCGUGAACUUUUGAUUUCCACACAGGUUGGAAGACAUUAUUGAGGAGAUCUUAGGCGACGAGAUCAUCGACGAGACGGACGUGUACGUGGACGUCGACAACCAUGUGAAAGUGGACGGCAGGAGCAAAUUCGGUCGGCGGGCGGCGUCCUCCUGCGGGUGAUUCAACGUGCGAGCGUCGCGGCGGCGGCGUGGGGGGUCGGACGCUGUCUCGGGGGAGCUCGCACGCUAUCGACGCGACCCGUCGCGCAUCUACGCCUCCCUAGAGUACGCCAUCGACGCGACGCGUCCCGCGCAGAUUUCACUAAAUUGCGACGCCUGGACAGCGCCGUCGUCGACGCUACUCUGACAGAGGCGGAGGUGAAGGCAAUAGCUCAGCACCUCGGCGGCGAGCUCAAACAACCCGCCGACGCGUUAAUGGCGCUGGUCCGGAGAGCGUCGGUCGUCGAUCACGAGCGCAGGACGCCCGAGGCCGAGCUCGACGCCGGCCGACCGCCGGAGCCCUCCGACGUCGUCUACGAGCGGGGCUUUCCCGCGAACUUCGCUACUCUUGUACUAUCGGGAAAGCUGUCAGUGAAAGCCGGCGUGGACGGGUUCCGCGCCGAGGCGGGGCCCUGGACCUUGUUAGGUGCGGGCGCGUUACGACAUGAAGACUUCGUGCCCGACUUUUCCGCUCACGUGGCCACGGACAGCGUCAGAUGUGUCUACCUCUCGCACGCCGAGAAGUCGAACGCGCCGCGUCGUGCCCGCAAGGAUGAUAUGAGGCGGUCGCCGUCGCGCGAACGGCGGCGCUUACGUAGAGACCGGCGCGUCGGCGACCGGCGGGGCGCGCGGUCGGCGCUCGGGCUGGGCCGCGAACUGGGGCGCCCGGCGGGGCGGCGGGACCCGUCGUCGCGGUCCCUGAGUUUUGAUUCGCCGGUGCGCGGGACACCUCCUCCCGUAACGUGAACACUAAUAAAUAAUUAC